CACACAUGUAACAUACGCGCGUAUUGUGCACUCAUGGCGUCACACAGCUGACGUGUAUACGUGCAUACCGACCGCGCGGAGUGCUCGAGUGGAAUGGUACGCGAGGAUCGCCGUCAAGACGGGAGUACACCACCGCUGCACGGCACGCAGGACAGCCCUCGAGGGGAGUGGUGAACCGAAUCUCGGCACGAGACCGACGUUCUCGCAUAACCUCGGCGUCGUCGCCGGCGAUUAAUUGCCGAAUGCGCUACGAAGUCGCGAGUCACCGUUGAACCUGGCGAACACUGGCGAGUCGCCUUUCCCGAAAGAUGUCGUUGACGUUUCAGCAGAUUAUAUUGGAUGCCAAGAAAUUGGUCAUUCGAUUUUCCGACCAUGAGAACACUGCAGAUACCCUGAUAAGUGAGGUAGAGGCUGUGUAUGGACAAAUUGAUAACAUGAAACAGUAUCAAGAGGAAGUAGAAAUUUUAAAUACAGAAGCAAAACAAAGACCGCACCUGCAAUUGAUCGCUGGAAUCCAAAGGGAAAAUAAACACUUGCGAGAAAUACAGUCAGAGAAUAAGGAGUUGAGAAACGCCUUAGAAGACCACCAGCAUGCGCUUGAGCUCAUAAUGUCCAAAUACCGACAGCAAACUGCCUCUUUAUUACGUCUCAGCAAAACUGAUUAUUCAUCCAUGCACAAUUCUAAAUACGCUAAUAUAAUAACCAGUCAAGCAGAGAAAAUUAAUGAAAUGGCAGCCGUAAUGAAGACAGCCGCUGCCUUAGAUGAGGAGAAUGAAUUGAAGGAAAAGGAGGCGUUUCAUACUUUGAAGGAGGAGAAUGCCACGCUUCGAGAAAUAGUAAAUAUUGCAAAUAAAUACGGUUCCUUAAACCAAGAAUGUUCUGUAGAAAGCAAAACCGUUCAAACGGAUCCGCCAAUAGAUUAAAGAUAUAUUUGCUAGAGCUUUCGAUCCUUUUUAUAAAAUGUUGACCAGUAUUUAUUUCACACACAAACUCAUGACAUAUAAUAUUACUAGGUAGAAUCUAUUAUACGUAUAGGUACGAAGUGUAUGUGCAAGUUGUAGUAUAUGUACGCGUAUUCAUUUGUAAAAUAAAUUGUACAAGCCAUUUGCAACAUA